UGCAUGUGCCUGACUAUACGUCUGCUACUUUCAGCAGGACUUUGUUGACUUGUAAGUGAUCUCUCUAACACCAUUUCUCUGUCCACUGCCUUUCUCCGUCUGCUUCUCAGUCUUCACUCUGAUCCCAGUAUAGUUUGUUCUUGUCUACAUCUUUCUUGCAUUUCACUUCUAUUUCCUUUCACUCAUCUCUACACUCCUUUUGCUCUCUCUCUCUCUCUCUCUCUCUCUCUCUCUCAUCUGUUUCUGUAUUCUCUGCUUCCAUUCAGUCAUAUUCUCAUUUUUCUUUGCUGUUAUCAUCAUUUCUUGUUCAAUUUUUCUUUUUUCCUGAGAGUUGAGUUUUUCUUUAAAAAAAAAAAAAAUCAAAAUGGUACUGGAUAUGUUUAUCUCCAUCUUCACCGAGAUCAUUAAAGAUCCCAUCAUGCAAUUCGUUGUCGUUCCUAUCAAACGACACAUUAGUUAUCCUUUCACCUACAAGACAAAGGUUGAGAGGCUCCAGGAUGAGUCUCAGCAAUUGAACAGCAAAAGAGACAGGUUGCAGCAAUCAGUUGCUGAUGCUUCAAGAAGAGGGGAGGAGAUCUACGAUGACGUCAGCAAGUGGCUUAUCAGUGCGGGAAAAGCUAUUCAAGAAGCCGAGCAACUUAUCCAAGUCAAAGAACAAGCGAAGGAGAGGUGCUUCAUCGGUUUGUGUCCCAAUUUGAAGACGCGCUACCACCUCAGCAAGAAAGCAGAAAAGAAAGCUUCGUUGAUUGAUAAGCUUCGGAAUCAGGGUGGACUUGAACCAAUUGGCCACCCUCAACCUCCAAAGCAGAAAGUGGCCCCAUCUGUAUAUGAUCGUGAGGAACUGCCUUCGAGGAAGUCAAUUUUGAAGGAAAUAAUGGAUUCGCUGAGAGAUCCUAAUCUUAACAUGAUUGGUGUUUAUGGGAUGGGCGGGGUCGGUAAGACCACCCUAGCUAGGGAGGUCCAUAGACAAGCCCAAGAUGAUAAGUUAUUCGAUGUUGUGAUUUUUGUUGCUGUAUCACAAUCGCCAGAGCUCAGAAGAAUUCAAGCGGAGGUUGCUGAAGUCUUGGGUCUUGAUCUUGAUGAGGAGGGAAUCCUCCUAAGAGCAAAUCGACUAUAUGAGAGAUUGAAUAAAGAGAAGAUACUUAUCAUUCUUGAUGACAUUUGGACAAACCUUCAAUUAGAGGAAGUGGGAAUUCCAUUUGGGGCCGAUUGCAAGGGAUGCAAAAUAUUAUUGACUUCGAGGAGAAGAGAUGUGUGCCAUAGGAUGGGAGCGCAGAAAGUUUUGGAACUUGAAGUUCUACGAGAAGAAGAGGCAUGGAAUUUGUUUAAAUUCACCGUAUCUGUAGCUGAUGGCCAAGAACCUAAGUUACCUCCUUUAGCAGCUGAAAUUGCAAAAAAAUGUGCAGGAUUGCCGCUUCUCAUACUCAAAGUUGCUACAGAUUUGCAAAUGAAGGAGUCAUAUAUGUGGGAUGAUAAGCUGAAGCAACUUUCUGACUUGGAUAAUGAAGAAAUACAGAAAAAGGUGCACUUGGUUCUUAAGUUAAGCUACGACAAUUUGCCUCGCAGUGAACUCAGGUCGUUUUUCUUGCUUUGUGGUCUGUUUGGACAGUCUAAUAUUCAGAUCCAAAACUUGCUAAAAUAUGGUAUGGGUGUGGGUUUAUUUAAGCACAUAGCUACUGUUGAAGAAGCGAGAAACAAAGUAUAUACUUUGAUUGAUGAACUGAAAGCUGAGUGUUUACUGCUAGAUGGUGACAUGAAUGGAUAUGUGAAAAUGCAUGACACUGUUCGUGACACUGCCCUGUUAAUAGCUUCUAAAGAGCAACAUAUUUUUAUAGGCACAAGUGGUACUGGGUUGGGGGAAUUGCCAACCAAGGAUUGCACCAGAAUUUCAAUACCUUACUGUGAUAUCCAAGCACUUCCUCAAGGGAUGGAAUGCCCAAAAGCUGAUUUAUUGUCGGUCUUCACUGAAGAUCUUUCUUUGGAUAUCCCUCAAUUAAUUUUUGAUGGAAUUAGACGACUCAAAGUAGUGGAUUUUACAGGGAUGUGUUUCAUGUCUCUGCCUUCAUCACUUGGUUUCCUAACAAACCUUCAUUCCUUGUGCUUGCAUCGAUGCCAUCUGGAUGACAUAGCUAUCAUUGGAGAGCUAAAGCAACUAGAAGUUCUCAGUUUAGCAGAUUCCUAUAUUGUUGAGUUGCCCAGACAAAUAGAACAAUUAAGUAGACUAAAAUUACUGGAUAUCGGCAAUUGUUCCAAUCUUAAAGUCAUUCCAGCAAAUGUCUUAUCCAAGUUUUCCAUGUUAGAAGAAUUGUAUGUGAGCAACAGCUUUGUUGAAUGGGAGGCGGAAGCAAUCAGCAAUCAGGGGAAUGCAAACCUUGCUGAGUUGGAAGGGUUGUCUCACCUUAGAACUCUGGAAAUACAAGUUGUAGAUGCGAAGAUAAUACCAAAAGCCCUGUUCUUCAAUGGAUUGCAGAGGUAUAGAAUACUCAUAGGAGAUGUAUGGGACUGGCGUGUAAACUUUGAAACUUCAAGAACUCUAAAACUCAAGCUCAAGACAAGUAGUUACUUGGAGCAUGGGAUUAGAGUGUUGUUGAGGGAGACUGAAGAUCUGUAUUUAGAUGAAGUGAGGGGAAUUGAAAAUGUGUUGUAUGAUAUUGAUGGAGAAGGCUUUCCACGGUUGAAGCACUUCCACUUCCAAAAUGACGUUUUGAUUCAACGCAUUAUCAGCUCACCAAAAUGGGCUCCAUAUCCUGCCUUUCCCAUCCUAGAGUCCUUGUUUUUAGAAAAUUUAAUGAACCUGGAGACAAUUUGUCACGGUCAACUUGCACGAGGUUCAUUUAGCAAAUUAAGAACCUUAGAUGUUGGAAAAUGCCAAAGAUUAGAAGCUAUGAUAAUAGAUGAAUGUGAAUACAACAAUGAAGUGGUUGAGUUCAAUCAACUGCGCUCCUUGAAGCUAAAUGAUUUACCAAACCUCAGAAGCUUUUGCUGGAAAAGGAAGGUGGCUACAGGAACAGAAGCAAGACAAAAGCAAUUGACAGCCUGUCCACUUGAGGAAAUUGUGUCGGAGGAUGAGCUUGGUGCUGAAUUAUCACUUUUCAACAGAAUGGUUUCUUUUCCCAACUUGGAGGAAUUGCAAUUAACCUCAGUUGCUUGUGAAAGGAUAUGGAACGACCAACUUUCCGCAACAUGUUCAAACUUAACGAGUUUGAUUGUGUAUGAAUGCAACAAUUUGAAGCAUUUAUUCACAACUUCAAUUGUUAAAUGUCUUUUGCAGCUUAAAAAACUUAGGAUAAAAGAUUGUAAUUCCAUGGAAGAGAUAUUACUGACAGAGGAACUAGUAGAAGAAGAAGAGGAAGAGAGGAUAAAUAAGAAGAGGAAGAGGUAUUCAAUUGAAUUUCAGUGCCUUCAAGAAUUAACAAUAGAUGGGUGCAGAGCAUUGGUGACUUUCGUUGCCAAAACAGAUACGAAACGUAACACUGAAAUUCAACCACUCUUUGAUGAAAUGGUUUCUUUCUCUAAAUUGGAGGUACUGUACAUAAAAAAUAUGAACAACUUGAAAAAUAUAUGGCACAACCAACUGGCAGCUGAUUCCUUCUGCAAACUGAAAUCAUUGUCAAUUUUAUUUUGCCCAAGACUAGUGACUGUUUUUCCAUUGGCUGUCUUGGAAAGAUUCCAGAGAUUAGAGGAGUUGGAUUUAUGGUAUUGUGAUUCAGUGCAAGAGAUAUAUCAACUUCAAGGGUACAAUGUUAAAGAAGUAAAUGUUGCUGCAGCAUUUGAGCUAAGAGAUUUAUUUAUAGCAAAUUGUCACUCAUUGAAGCAUAUAUGGAGUAAGGAUCCACAAGGAGUUUUCACUUUUCAAAAUCUGGAAUCAGUUAAUGUUGGAUGGUGUAAUGUCCUGAAAAAUAUCUUUCCAGCCUCCAUAGCCCAAGGUCUUUUGAAACUUGAAAAGCUUGAAUUAAGAUGGUGUGAGGAAGUGGAGGAGAUAGUUGCACAGGAAGAAGGUGUAGAUCUGAAAAAUAUCUUUCCUCAGUUGCACACUCUUAUAUUUUCACAUCUACCAAAACUAAGGAGUUUCUAUUCAGGAGGGACACAUACUUUUGAGUGGCCGAAAUUGAAAUGUUUGAAAGUGGAAAAUUGUGACAAAGUGAGGAAAUUCGGUUCAGAUGAAAAAGAAGUAGGCCAAGAAAGCAUCCCAAUUGAAAAACCUCUCUUUUUCUUGGGAAAGGUUAGUCCCAAAUUGGAGGAAUUGACAUUGGAGCACAAGGACUUGAGUGCGAUACAACAUGGUUUAUCACCAUUUCAGUGUUUUUCCAAACUCAGAGUUCUAAACUUGCUCUCUCUGCGGGAUGAAUCACGUCCUUUUCUAAUCCUUCUCCUUAAAAGAGUAUCCCAUCUGGAUAAAAUUUCUGUAUCAUACUCUUAUUUAGAAGAGUUAUUCUCACAUGAAGGACUUGUUGGGGAGGAGGAAGAUGCUAUUGCUAGGAUACUUACACGGGUGAAAAACUUGGAGUUACACUCUCUUGAUAAUUUGAAGUGUAUUUGGAAUCAAGAUUCCCGAGUACAACCGCGUCUUCAAUGUCUUCAGACUCUGAAAGUAAUUUAUUGCGGUAGUUUGAUCAACGUAGCACCGUCAUCAUCAUCAUCUUUCCUCAGACUAACAACUCUUGAAGUGAAUUCAUGUGGAAGGUUGAAAAACCUGAUAAUGGCAUCCACAGCCAAAAGUAUGGUUCAACUCUCCAAAAUGAUCAUAAAAAAUUGCGAAAUGAUGACAGAAAUAGUAGCAAGUGAUGGAGAUCAUAACGAGGAUGAAAUUAUUUUCUGCAAAUUGAAAUAUUUGGAACUUAGUGGUUUAAGUAGUCUCACCAGCUUUUGCACAGGGAAUCACGUAUUCAAUUUUCCAUCUUUAGAAAUCGUUAUUGUCAAAAAAUGCUUUCGGAUGAAGAAAUUCUCUGGAGGAUUCUUAAUCACACCAAAGCUACGGGGAAUAAGACUGAACAAAUACGCAGAUAAACAACAUUGGGAAGGAAACCUUAAUGAGACCAUAGCAUGUCAGUUAACAAAUAUGCAGGUUGGCACAGAUUUUCAAGUAUCCAAGUUUCCUGAGCUCUGGAAUGGCAAAAUCCAAGGAAAGCUCUUCCACAAUGUAGAAUGCCUAACCGUGGACGCAUGUACAUUUACUUCCAAUGCCAUAUCGGCCCAUUUGUUACAGUUCUUGAACAAGUUGAGACAGAUAAAUGUAACGGACAGUGAUUCACUAGAAGUAGUAUUUGACUUGGAAGGGCUAUCUUCUGAUAAUGGGCUGCUACCUCGAUUAAGUGAAUUGAAGUUAAUGAAUCUACCUAUGCUGAGACAGUUAUGGAACAAGCAUCCUCAGGUAAUUUUGGACUUCAAGAACCUAAGAUUGCUCCAAAUUGAAAAUUGUAGCAGCUUGAAGUAUAUAUUUACUGGGUCAAUGGCAUUGUGCCUCUCGCAACUUCAAGAGGUAGAGCUGAAAUAUUGUAACAUGAUGGAAGGAAUAAUAGAAGUAGAGGAAGCUAAUAAGAUGAUAUUUCCCUCAUUGAAGUCCAUGAUCCUUGAAUGUUUGCCUAAAUUUUCAAAUUUUUGUUCAAGAAGUAGUAAUCUGGAAUGUCCAUCAUUGAAAAAGAUGAGCAUAUAUGACUGUCCAAGCAUGAAGACAUUCUUUUCCACACUACUACGGGAACAAAAACCAAAAGGAAAUGGUGAAGGGAGGGAGCAAAGACAAGACAAGGAAGAGUUCGAUGUCCCUUUUAGCCAUAAGAUGUUUCCCAAAUUGGAAGAGUUGUCAUUAGACAGCAAAUCUGUCAUGAUGCUGUUGCAAUCUGAAUUCCCAACAGAGUUCUGUUCCAAACUAAAAGUUGUUGAGCUGCGCUUCUUUCCAGACAAAUCUUGUGCUUCUCUAUUUCGUUUCCUUCCAAAAUUACCCAAUCUUGAAGAACUCGGCGUUCGUGACUCUUCUCUUGAGGAGCUAUUUGUAUUAAAAGGACUCGGUGGUGACCAGAAAGAUACCAUUACACCCUCACGGAUAAGAGCUUUAAAGCUCAACAAUCUUGGUGAUUUGAUUAAUUUAGCACUAUCAUCUGCAACUUUCCAAAAUUUAACAACUCUUGAAGUUAGUAAUUGCAAUGGAUUGAAAAAUAUGGUGACGUCAACAGCAGCCAAAAGUAUGGUUCAACUUGAGAUAUUGACUGUAAAUUCUUGUGAUAUGUUGAUGGAAAUAGUAGGAGGUGAACACCGUGAAACAACGGAAGAGAUUGUUUUCACCAAAUUGAAAACAUUAGAACUUGAAAAUUUACAGAGCCUCACAAGCUUCUGUUUGGGCUGUUACACUCUCAAAUUCCCAUCUUUGGAACAAGUAACUGUUGUAGAAUGCCCCAACUUGAGGAUUUUCAAUCCUGGAGUGUUAAGCACGCCAAAGCUACAGAUUGUAGGAGUGGCGUGGGGAAAAUUUCAUUGGGAAAGCGAUCUCAAUGCCACCAUUGAACAGUUGUAUGAGAGAGCGAUCGGAUUUGAAGGCAUCAGUCAUGUGAAACUCUCCAACUUUCCGAUGCUGAAAGAAAAUUGGAACUGCCAAUUUCCAUUCAAGCGCUUGAGGUAUUCAAAAAGUUUGUUGGUGGACGAGUGUGCAUUUUUCUCAAAUGCCAUAUCAUCAAAUCUACUGAAGCACGCGAAUUACAAUUUGAAAGAGCUGGCUGUUGAGAGAUGUGAUUCAGUAGAAAAAGUGUUUGAUCUGGAAGGGCUAAAUGCCGAUGAAGGUCAUCAUGGGCUAACAAGAAAUUUAAAUGAAUUGCGGUUAAUUGAUUUGCCUAGGUUGAGGCACGUGUGGGACAAGGAUCCUCAAGGAUUUUUGAGCUUUAAAAACCUAAAAUUUCUGCAAGUUCAUAAUUGCAGCAACUUGGCUAAUAUAUUUACUCUGUCCAUGGCUCUGGGUCUCGUAAAUCUCCAACAUAUGGAAGUAAAAAGAUGUAGAAUGGUGGAACAUAUCAUCAGGAAAGAAGCAGACUAUGAAAUAGGAAGGGACAGGACCAUAUUUCCAUCAUUGCACUCCAUUAGUAUCGAGUGUUUGCCCAACUUGUCAUGUUUUUAUUCUGCAAGAGAUGUUCUGAAAUGCCCAUCCUUGAAAAAAAUUGAUGUGGUUAACUGUCCAAAGAUGGAAUUAUUAGCUUCAGCAGUUCGCUAUGAACAAGAUUCAAGCGUGAUUGUUGAGGGAAGUGAAGAAUCUGUUUACAAUGGAGAUGUCGAUAUUUCCAUGGCUGCUUUUUUUGAUGGCAAGGUUGCAAUCCCAAGCUUAGAAGAAUUGAAAGUGGAAUGGAAAACCAUGAAGGAUAUGUGGCCAGAAAAAUUUCAAUCCGUGUUCUUGUCUGGACUGAAAGGCAUUGAGCUGACAUGUUAUCCUGGUGGAUGUGAACUUUUGCCAACCGAUUUCUUUCAAAUUUUAAUCAAUCUGGAGAAACUUGUUUUGAGAGAUGCUUCAUUUGAAGCAGAACAUGAAGCAAACAUUGGUGAGCAAGUACAUCCCGAAUCAUGUAAGGUGCCAAUGCUCAAGCAUCUGAUGGAGAAAGACUCCCAGCAAGUCCCAGCUUCUCAAUAUCUGGAGACAGAAGCAAUGGAUUGUGGCAGAUUGAAAAUUUUACUGCCAUUCACUCUUUCUUUCGAAAAUUUAACAACUCUGGAGGUAUCAAAUUGCCAAGGUCUAAUAAAUCUAAUGACUUCAAUUACAUCUAGAAGUCUUGUGCAACUUAGAAGAAUGAAGGUAGAGAAAUGUGAAAUGAUGCAAGAAAUUGUAGCGAGUGAAACAGAUGAUGAAGAAGAACAGAUUUGCUUCAGUCAACUACAAUAUUUGGAGCUUCAUGAUCUACCACGCCUCACAAGCUUUUGCUCUGCUAAUCCUGCCUUCAAUUUCCCAUCCUUGGAGGAAGUGAUCAUUAGAGCAUGUCCCAAUAUGAAGAUUUUUGCUAAAGAUGUUUUAAGCACUCCAAAACUACGGCAAGUUCAAACCGGAAAACAUAAAUAUGAAUGGGAAUGGGAAGGCAGCCUUAAUAACACCAUUGAAGCAUUAGUUGCACAUACGAAUGCUGAAGAAACAGGGGAGGCCAGCGUUCAUAUGCAUGAGCUCCAGUGAGGCUGAUGUUCCAUGUGAUUUGUGACAUAUUAGACUUAAUUGUCCUUUUGAGGGUACAUGGUGAAUUGGUUCUCUUAUGGCUGAAGUCUUUCAUUCAUGAGGAAGUGUUAGAUAUGAAAGAUGAAGAUCAGCAAAGGCACGCCAAUGUACUGGACAUGGCAGGCUGGGAUAGUUGUAUUUAUGCUCUGGUUCUUGAAAGAGUUCCGGCCUCUUCAAGAAUUCCAUGUGGAAACGCUGUUCUUGCUAAUCAAGUUCGGUGCAGCCGUCUCUUGUACUAGGACAUUCUAUUUCUAUUCCGGUAUUCAAACUUAAAUUUCAAUCUCCCUCUAGGAAAUGGAAAAACAGAAAUUGUGGGAUAACAGAAAACAGGCGAUUUAUGCAUACUUUCAAUCCUGAAAAUUAACCUGCGUCAGUUUUGUUCU